AUGGAACCUGAACAGCCAGAGGAAACUCUCCCCAACACAGAAACCAAUGGUGAAUUUGGUAAAUGUCCUGCAGAAGAUAUGGAAGAGGAACAAGCAUUUAAAAGAUCUAGAAAUGUGGAUGAGAUGUUGGAGCUUUGCAUUCUGCUUCAGAGCAAAAAUGCUGGGACAGUGAUUGGAAAAGGAGGCAAGAAUAUUAAGGCCCUCCAUACAGACUUCAAUGCCAGUGUUUCAGUCCCAGACAGCAGUGGCCCCAAGCACAUAUUGAGUAUCAGUGCUGAUACUGAAAUGAUUGGAGAAAUUCUGAAGAAAAUCAUCCCUACCUUGGAAGAGGGCCUGCAGUUGCCAUCACCCACUGCAACCAGCCAGCUCCCACUUGAAUCUGAUGCUGUGGAAUGCUUAAAUUACCGACACAAUAAAGGAAGCAACUUUGACUGCGAGUUGAGACUGUUGAUUCAUCAGAGUCUGGCAGGAGGAAGUAUUGGGGUCAAAGGUGCUAAAAUCAAAGAACUUCAAGAGAACAUUCAGACAACAAUCAAGUUUUUCCAGGAAUGCUGUCCUCAUCCCACUGACAGGGUUGUCCUUAUUGGAGGAAAGCCUGAUAGGGUUGUAGAGUGCAUAAAGAUCAUCCUUGAUCUUAUAUCUGAGUCUCCCAUCAAAGGACAUGUGCAGCCUUAUGAUCCCAAUUUUUAUAAUGAAACCUAUGAUUACGAUGGUUUUACAAUGAUGUUUGAUGACCGCUGUGGAUGUUCUAUGGGAUUUCCCAUGCAGGAAAGAGGUGGUUUUGACCGAAUGCCUCCUGGUCAAGGUGGGCAUCCAAUGCCUCCAUCUAGAAGAGAUUAUGAUGAUAUGAGCCCUCGUCAAGGACCUCCUCCUCCUCCUCCUCCUGGACAAGGUGGCUGGGGUGGCAGCAGAGCUCAGAAUCUUCCUCUUCCACCACCACAACCACCUAGAGGAGGAGAUCUAAUGGCUUAUGACAGAAGAGGAAGACCUGGAAACCAUUAUGAUAGUUUCAGUGCUGAUGAAACUUGGGAUUCUGCAAUAGAUACAUGGAGCCCAUCACAAUGGCAGAUGGCUUAUGAACCACAGGGUGGCUCUGGAUAUGAUUAUUUCUAUGCAGGGGGUUGUGGCUCAUAUGGUGAUCUUGGUGGACCUAUUAUUACUACAUAAGUAACUAUUCUCAAAGAUUUGGCUGGAUCUAUUAUUGGGACAGGUGGUCAGUGGAUUAAACAAAUCCAUCAUGAGUCGGGCUCAAUCAAAAUUGAUGAACCUUUAGAAGGAUCCGAAGAUCGGAUCAUUACCAUUACAGGAACACAGGACCAGAUACAGAAUGCACAGUAUUUGUUGCAGAACAGUGUGAAGCAGUAUUCUGGAAAGUUUUCUAAGACUAGUGAAGAACUGAAGGAGUCCUGAAUCUUUUUUUUUUUUUUAUCUGCUUCUGUUUAAAAAGCCAACAUUCCUCUGCUUCAUAGGUGUUCUGCAUUUGAGGUGU